AUGAGCUCAAAUAUACGUACCAAGGCAUUCGAUCCGGAUUUUCGAUAUGCACCACUGGUGCUUGAGUGGGAACUCGAGAACCCGGGAUCUUAUCUUUAUCAAGGUUCUUGCAGAUUCUCCAGUAUCAGCAGCAAUUACGACGUUUUUUCGUACCCGACAUUUUCAAAGUUGGCUUACAUAUCUUCUAUCCAAUAUUGCUAUUGCGGAUAUGGGUAUGAAGGGAACCCAUAUACACUAUCAGGAUGCAGUGAUAUUGAUGAAUGUAGCAUUAAUGCAACAUUAACUCAAUGUUUGAAUGGAACUUGUCUCAACUUAGAAGGGAGUUACACAUGUGACUUUGGCAAUUAUUAUGGAGAUGGUAAUAAUAGAUCUCGAGUCAAAAUAGCAUUCAUCAGUGUUGGCAGCGCGCUCGGUGCACUAAUUUUGCUCUUCGGGGCAUGGAAAUCUAUCAGAGUCAUCAGAAAAAGAAUAAAGGCUAACCGCAAACGUAAGUUUUUCAAGCGGAACGGAGGUUUGUUAUUGCAACAACAGUUAUCUUUAGCGGAGAACGGCCUAGAGAAGACAAAGUUGUUCACUUCCAAGGAGUUGGCACAAGCAACCGAUCGUUACAAUGAAAAUCGUGUACUCGGUCGUGGUGGGCAAGGUACCGUCUACAAAGGAAUGUUGACUGAUGGAAGAAUUGUGGCUGUCAAAAAGUCCAUGAAGGUAGAAGAAGGCGAUCUCGAAGUGUUCAUCAACGAAGUAGUUAUUCUAUCGCAGAUAAACCAUAGGAAUGUGGUCAAACUAUUGGGGUGUUGUUUGGAGACCGAAGUUCCACUUUUAGUCUACGAGUUCAUACCCAACGGCACACUCUUCCAACACGUCCACGAUCCAAACGAGGAGUUCCCUUUAUCUUGGGAAAUGCGAGUGCGCAUUGCAAGAGAAGUGGCGGGGGCGCUCUCGUACUUGCACUCUUCUGCUUCUACACCUAUUUAUCACCGGGAUAUCAAGUCGACGAAUAUAUUAUUGGACGAUAAAUAUCGUGUCAAAGUUGCCGAUUUCGGGACAUCAAGAUCGAUCGGUAUCGAUCAGACACACUUGACAACACGAGUACUAGGAACAUUCGGUUACUUGGAUCCAGAGUACUUCCAAUCGAGCCAGUUUACAGACAAGAGCGAUGUCUAUAGCUUCGGUGUUGUGGUGGUGGAGCUUUUGACAGGGGAGAAAGCCAUCUCUUCUAUUAGAGCCGAUGUGGGGAGGAGCUUGGCGACACAUUUCUUGCACUCGAUGGAGGAGAAUCGCCUAUUCGACAUACUUGAUGCGAGGGUGCUGAAAGAGGGGAAGAGAGAGGAGGUUGUGGCUAUUGCAGAGAUUGCUAAGAGAUGUCUGAAUUUGAAUGGAAAGAGAAGGCCGACUAUGAAGGAAGUUGCUGUGGAGUUGGAAGGAAUUCGAAUGAUGAAAGAAGAUUCAACAGUUUACAUGCAAAAUGAAGAAGGCAUCACAGAGUACGUACCUUCUAUUCGUGACCAGUUUGCCGAGUCUUAUGAUUUUUCGUCAAUCUCAACGAGCAUGCAUUUGGAUGAUUCGGUAACUGCAUAUUUACCGGAUGAUGAUCGUCCAUUGCUUGACGAGCCGUGAAGAAUAC